CCGCCCAACGGUGGAGUUAAGGGGUUGGCUGAAGCGUGGAGCUGGCCGCACCCGGGGUGGUGGGCACUCGGGUCCCGAGCCCGGAGCCUGGGAGGUGCUGCCUUAGCUCAGCGGUGAAACUAUGUAGCUUCUUAAGAAGCUCACCUGGCCCCCCCUGAAAUCCAUAUGGCUCUCUAUGACGAAGACAUACUGAAGAACCCUUUCUACCUGGCCCUCCAGAAGUGGCGCCCUGACUUGUGCAGCAAGGUGGCCCAGAUCCACGGCGUUGUCUUGGUGCCCUGCCGGGGAAGCCUGCCCAGCAGUGUCCAGUCAUCUUGCCAGUUCGAGUCCUACGUUUUGGUGCCCACUGAAGGACACUUUCAGACCUUAGAUGGAAAGGGUGUCCUCAUUGAGGGAAACAGGAUUAAGCUAGGAGCUGGUUUUGCUUGUCUUCUCUCUGUGCCCAUCCUCUUUGAAGAGACCUUUUACAACGAAAAAGAAGAGAGUUUCAGCAUCCUCUGCAUCGCCCAUCCGUUGGAAAAGAGAGAGACUUCAGAAGAACCUUCAGCAUCCUCGGAUCCCUUUUCCCUGAAAACCAUUGAAGAUGUGAGAGAAUUUUUGGGAAGGCACUCGGAGAGAUUCGACAGGAACAUCGCCUCUUUCCACCGGGCGUUCCGAGAGUGUGAGAGAAAGAGUCUCCGCCAUCACAUAGACUCCGUGAAUGCUCUGUACACCAAAUGCCUCCAGCAGCUUCUGAGGGACUCUCACCUGAAGGUUCUUGCCAAGCAGGAGGCCCAGAUGAACCUUAUGAAGCAGGCAGUGGAGAUAUACGUCCAUCAUGGCAUUUACGACCCGAUCUUUAAGUACGUGGGGACCGUGGAGGCGAGCGAGGAUGCUGCCUUUAACAAAAUCACAAGAAGCCUUCAAGAUCUUCAGCAGAAAGAUAUUGGUGUGAAGCCCGAGUUCAGCUUCAACAUCCCCCGAGCAAAGAGAGAGCUGGGGCAGCUGAACAAGUGUACGUCGCCACAGCAGAAGCUGCUGUGCCUGCGGAAGGUGGUCCAGCUCAUGACACAGUCUCCCAGCCGGAGAGUGAAUUUGGAGACCAUGUGUGCGGACGAUCUUCUCUCUGUCCUGCUGUAUCUGCUGGUGAAAACAGAGAUCCCUAACUGGAUGGCAAAUCUGAGUUACAUCAAAAACUUCAGAUUUAGCAGCUCGGCCAAAGAUGAGCUGGGAUACUGCCUGACCUCGGUUGAGGCUGCGAUCGAGUACAUCCGGCAAGGGAGUCUCUCUACGAAGCCGCCCGACGCCGAGGGAUUUGGUGACAGACUGUUUCUCAAGCAGAGGAUGAACCUACUGUCCCAGAUGACGCCAACACCCAUUGAUUGCCUGUUUAAGCACAUCGCAUCUGGAAACCAAAAAGAGGUGGAAAGACUUCUGAGCCAAGAUGACCAGGACAAAGACGCCAUGCAAAAGAUGUGCCACCCACUGUGCUCCUGCGAGGAUUGCGAGAAGCUCGUCUCUGGGAGGUUGAACGACCCAUCAGUUGUCACUCCUUUCUCCAGAGAUGACCGGGGUCAGACCCCGCUCCAUGUGGCUGCCCUCUGUGGUCAGGCAUCCCUCAUUGACUUCCUGGUCUCCAAAGGUGCCGUAGUGAACUCCACGGACUAUCAUGGGUCCACUCCCCUCCAUCUGGCGUGUCGGAGGGGCUUCCAGAGUGUGACGCUGCUGCUGCUGCACUACAAGGCCAGCACCGAGGUGCAGGACAACAGCGGAAACACCCCGCUGCACCUGGCCUGUGCCUACGGGCACGAGGACUGUGUAAAGGCCCUGGUCUACUACGAUGCCCAGGCCUGCAGACUGGAUAUUGGAAACGAGAAAGGAGACACAGCCCUGCACAUUGCUGCACGCUGGGGUUACCAGGGUAUCAUGGAGACGCUGCUGCAGAACGGAGCCCCCACAGAGAUACAGAACAGGCUGAAAGAGACGCCGCUCACGUGUGCAUUGAACUCAAAGAUUCUGUCUAUCCUGGAAGCUCACCACCUGUCCUCUGAACGGAGGCGGCCCAGGCCCUCUGAGGUCCCGGCACAGUCCCCUGCACGCUCCGUGGAUUCCAUCAGCCAGGGUUCCUCCGCCUCCAGCGUCUCUCCGGUGUCCACGAGCUUCAGGCGAGAAGAGGUCCAAAAGGACUACCGGGAGGUAGAAAAGCUUCUAAGAGCCGUUGCUGAUGGAGACCUGGAAAUGGUUCGCUACCUUUUGGAGUGGACGGAGGAUGACCUGGACGACGCGGAUGAGGCUGUCAGCACGGUGGAUCCUGAAUUCUGUCACCCCUUAUGUCAGUGCCCCAAGUGUGCUCCGGCCCAGAAGAAACUGGCGGGGAUUCCUGCCAGCGGGCUUGGUGUGAAUGUGACCAACCAGGACGGCUCCUCUCCCCUGCAUGUGGCUGCCCUGCAUGGCCGCACGGACCUGGUCCUCCUCCUGUUGAAGCACGGUGCCUACCCGGGUGCCAGAAACGCAAGCCGGGCCGUGCCGCUCCACCUGGCCUGCCGGCAGGGGCACUUUCAGGUAGUGAAGUGUCUCUUAGAUUCCAAUGCAAACCCUAAUAAAAAGGACCUCGGUGGGAACACGCCCCUCAUGUACGCCUGUUCUGGUGGUCACCAUGAAGUUGCCGCGCUAUUGCUACAGCACGGGGCCUCCAUCGAUGCUUCCAACGACAAAGGCAACACAGCCCUGCACGAGGCCGUGAUGGGAAGGCAUUCCUUGGUGGUGGAGCUGCUCCUGUUUCACGGGGCAUCUGCCGACGUCCUGAACAAGAGGCAGUGCACCGCUGUGGACUGUGCGGAGCAGGGUUCAAAGAUAAUGGAGCUGCUGCAGGUUGUGCCGAGUUGCGUGGCGUCCUUAGACAAUGUCACUGAGGCGGACCACAGGGAAGGUGUGACCGUUGAGAUCAGGAAGAAGUGGAAUCCCAGAAUGUAUGAUCUGCCAGAAGAGCCUUUUAGGAGACAGUUUUGCCUCACUAACCCUGGGGGGCAGUUCCAGGAAAGAACUUCACGGGAAACUAUGGGAAGGGAUAGGAGUGUGCCUGAUCUUACUGGAGGGUCUCUGCGGGAGCCGGAGGAGCAGAGAGUCUCGGGAAUUCCGGAUGACCCGUCAUCAGACCGGAGCGGAUGUCAGGCUUCUGAGGAAGGAAACAAGGGGCUCCCAGAGAGGCCUGUGCCGAGGCAGGCUGCUCCUGGACACAGGCGGAUGGUCCGCAGGCAUACAGUCAAUGACGCGGCCGUACCCCAGGCCCCAGAGGUGGCUGGCCACCUGACCACCCAAGAGGCUAGUGUCUCUCGGUCCUAGCAGUAAGGGUUGGUAUAUCUGCUACCGACACGCGAGUUUGCAGUAGGAAGGUGAGCACGAAUACAGCUUAGAGCUGAGUAUGCUUUUCAGUAACCAGCUGGAGAGACUGUCCCUCGGAUUUACCACCCUCUCUCCUCCUCGAAGCUAACCAACACACUUGAAAAGGAAUAGUAGGGAAUGAACGGGCCCCUUCGUCUUGGUAUGCGGAUUUCCUGGUUGUGGGCAGAGGCUUCACCAUCACAUUCUGACCGCCCUCCUUUGGCUGGAAGGUGCUGGCUGGCUGUGGCGAGGAGAAGCCGGCAAAUCCUAGGCUAGCAGGUUGCCCGUGUCCGGGAGAAGUCCCAGAAGCCUCGUCGGUCCUGUGGAAACGGGCGCCAGGCAGAGCAGCAUCCUGGUGGGGUGAAGAAAUGGAACCUGCAAACACUUGAACUGGGAAGUGCCUGAAUGCCACCCUGCCUCGUUCUACACCACACGUGUGGGGAAAGUUGGCCGCCACUUCCCCAGCGACAGAGCGACUCUGGUCACCGUGUGCGCGCCUGCGGCAGUUCCUGCUGACCGGCCUUCCCACUGACAGACUGACAGACGGGUACUGGAGAGCAGCUUUGGCACAUCUUAGGUCUUUCGAUUCAAAUUCCAAGCUUACAGCACAAGCCAGGUCGGAGUUUUACGUUGAGGAUUCGUUGCCAUUGAUUCCUUUUUAUAACUUUCUAUAGAUUCUGUUAUUUUUUUAUGUUCCUGACCCUAAAGUCGCAAACAUGGGUUCAUCCCGAGUCAGUUUCCAAAGGACUUUGUAGAGAGGAAGUGAUUUUGUGCACAUUCUUGGAGAAACUCGCCGAUGUAUAGGAGGGGCUGAUUAUUUUUCUACAAAGUAAUUUAUGAUUUCUAAUUUUCUAAUGUGCCUUGGAUAUGUGCCAAAUGAUGGAAAAGAAAACAGUAAACUUUAUGAUUCUUGA